AUGAAGUUCGUUCUUGCCAUCGUUACCCUGGCCUGUGUGAGCUUUUGUUUCUGCCGUGCCGGAAUUCAAGUUGGAAACCGAAAGUUAUGUGCAACGCCAAGCAAUCCAAUCAACAUUAACAUCCACGCCGCUAAAUACAGAGACGGUGUUAAGGCUGAAAAGGGCGCGAAAGGUGACUCCGGAGCCAAAGGUGAAAAGGGAGAUGUUGGGACAUCUUCUUGUAACUGUCGUUUACAGGAUCCGAAGAAACCUUCCGCGCACAUUGACUCCACUAAUCGAGGAGAUGUCACUUAUAAAGUAAACGAAGUUGUUAAAGAUUGGAAUCUCAAGUCUGCCUACAGCCAUCUUGCAGGCGGUAUGAAGUACCAUGACGGGAAACUGACAGUGCCCAUCUCUGGACGGUACUACAUCUACGAACAAAUUUACUAUCGCGGGUAUAGAGGGAAACCCGUAAGGAUUUCUCUCCUUGUUAACAACAAAAUCGUCGCUAUGGUCCACCCAACACACACGACACGAAACGCAGACUUUGCACAUUCGACAGGCGGGGUGUUCUACCUUAAAGCUGGAGAUGUCAUUACGGUGGCGGCCACACAUUGGGCUGGGAUAGCUUUCAUGCACACGCACCACAGUUUCUUUGGCGCAUUUUUGAUCUGA